UCUGAAGCCUGAACUUGGCAGGGCCCAAGGGAGGCAGGAAGCCAGGAAGGAGGCUGGCAGAUUUCCCUGCAGCAGACCCUCUGCCCAGACUAUCCAGUACAGCCAGCAAAAUUUGGCAGGCCACCCAGCAGGGAUUUCUGCAGCAAGUGUCAGUCUCCCACCUGGAGACGAGAGGGUGGUACCAAGGGCCAGCCAGGAUUGGAAGGCUCUGGAGCGAGUGACGUUGCUACUCUAGCAGAGCGGAGGAGAGGAAGCAGCUGCAUUGCAUUGAGGUCAGCCUUUGCUCUGCUAUAUCGAGUGCCGGGCUGCCAACCUUGCAGCAGGAGACUGAAAGGGACUGCUCUUUUUUGCCUCCGUCCAACAGAAGAGGCCUUGGCCUGCAACAUCCUCCAUCUUCUCUACUUAUACCUGUCCAGAAACCAUGUCAAGUAAAGGAAAGGCUGGAAGAUAUAGAGGAUCAGUGAAGGAUUUCUCAGACUUUGAUGCCAACCAAGAUGCUGAAGUAUUAUACAAUGCUAUGAAGGGAUUUGGCAGUGACAAAGAAGCCAUACUUAAUCUCAUAAUAUCCAGAAGCAAUAAGCAAAGAAUUGAGAUCUGCCAAGCCUACAAGUCUCUGUAUGGAAAGGAUCUGAUUGCAGACCUGAAGUAUGAAUUGACUGGCAAAUUUGAGCGUCUGAUUGUAGGUCUAAUGAGGCCAUUGGAGUACUUUGAUGCCAAGGAAAUCAAAGAUGCUCUUAAGGGCAUCGGAACUGAUGAGAAGUGCCUGAUUGAGAUCCUGGCAUCUCGGACCAAUCAACAGAUCCAUGCUCUAGUGGAGGCCUACAAAGAUGCUUACGAGAGCAACCUGGAAGAAGAUGUCAUAGCAGAUACUUCAGGACACUUCAAAAAGAUGCUCAUUGUGCUCCUUCAAGGCACUCGGGAAGAAGAUGAUGUUGUGAGUGAAGAGUUAGUGGAACAAGAUGCUAAGGACCUGUUUGAAUCUGGAGAGGCAAAAUGGGGCACAGAUGAGGCUGAGUUUAUCUAUAUUCUUGGAAACCGAAGCAAACAACACCUUCGGCUGGUCUUUGAUGAGUAUCUGAAGAUUGCAGGCAAACCCAUUGAGCAAAGCAUCCGUGGAGAGCUGUCUGGGGACAUUGAGAAACUGAUGCUAGCAGUAGUAAAGUGCAUCAGGAGUACACCAGCGUAUUUUGCAGAGAGACUCUUUAAAGCCAUGAAGGGCUUGGGAACAAGGGACAAUACGCUGAUUCGGAUCAUGGUGUCACGCAGCGAAAUUGACAUGUUGGACAUCCGGGAGAUAUUCCGCACUAAAUAUGAGAAGUCUCUUCACCACAUGAUUGAGAGCGACACAUCUGGUGAAUACAAAAAAGCAUUGCUGAAGCUCUGUGGGGGAGAUGAUGAUGCUGCAGGUGAGUUCUUCCCUGAAGCUGCGCAGGUGGCCUAUCAGAUGUGGGAACUUAGUGCAGUGGCCAAAGUAGAGCUGAAAGGAACCGUUCAUCCAGCAGCAGGUUUCAAUGCUGAUGCUGAUGCAAAAGUGCUCAGGAAAGCAAUGAAAGGCUUGGGCACUGAUGAGAAUGCCAUCAUUGAAGUUGUCACUCAGCGGAGUAACACCCAGAGACAAGAAAUCAUACAGGCAUACAAGUCUCAUUUUGGCCGGGAUCUGAUUGCAGACCUGAAAUCUGAAAUAUCAGGGGCCUUGGCAAAGCUUAUCCUUGGGCUGAUGAUGACACCAGCACAGUAUGAUGCCAAACAGCUGAAAAAAGCCAUGCAGGGUGCUGGGACUGAUGAAAGUGUUCUCAUUGAAAUCUUGGCAACUCGGAACAACCAGGAAAUCCAAGCAAUUAAUGCAGCAUAUAAUGAAGCCUACCACAAGUCUUUAGAAGAUGCACUGAGUUCUGAUACUUCAGGACAUUUCAAAAGGAUCCUCAUCUCUUUAGCUCUGGGAAACCGUGAUGAAGGAGGAGAGGACUUUAAAAAAGCUCAUGAGGAUGCCAAGGUCGUUGCUGAAACCUUGAAACUGUCUGAUGUUUCCAGUGAUGACUCGACAUCGCUAGAGACACGCUUCCUGAGCAUUUUGUGUACGCAGAGCUACCCUCAACUCAGGAGAGUCUUCCAGGAGUUCAUUAAGGCAACUAACCAUGAUAUCGCACAUGCCAUCAACAAGCGGAUGUCUGGAGAUGUGCGAGACGCCUUUUUAGCCAUUGUGCGGAGUGUCAAGAACAAGCAUGCUUUUUUCGCCGACAAGCUGUAUAAAUCCAUGAAGGGUGCUGGCACAGACGACAGAACUCUCGUCCGGAUCAUGGUCUCAAGAAGUGAAAUUGAUCUGUUGAACAUCCGGCGUGAAUUUUGGGAAAUAUACGACAAAUCACUCUACCACAUGAUUGAGAAGGAUACCUCAGGAGAUUACUGCAAAGCAUUACUCGCCAUUUGUGGAGGAGAAGAUUAAGCAAUUGGCAACUGUUGUAGAAGCUCGUCCUCACGUCUGAGCACUGUCUGAGCACCGUUACUCACAUAUGUGCAGUCUAGAUGUCACUGUUGCUUUUAGGAGCUUCAGAGGAGCUGAGAAGAUUCACUUUGUGCUAGAAAAAAAAUGUAUCACACAAGAGCUUAACACUGCAAGCAGCUAAGACCACAGGGAUUUCUCAGUCAUAUGGUGGGGGGACAUGGUUUAAAUUUGUGCAAAACUGACUCACGUGCAAAUGUCCAAUGAUGUAACACUGAUACGGGCUGUUUUAAACCAAAGAAAUAAACAGUUAAUGUUUCUGGCCAUGAAA